AUGGCUCAACCCCCCAGCUUGACACUCAUAUCAGUGACCAAGGGCUGGCACUCACCAGGCGGGUUUAUAAAACAAACGCCUCAUAUUCCGUAUCCUACCACGCUUGAUGCUAUACAAAACCAGCACACCACAUCCUCGUUUCAAGGCGGUGCCAGAGAGGAUCGUUCUCACUUCUCUCCCGUGAGCAACAAUUCAGACCACGUUGUCAUCGGCGUGAUUCUCAGCAACGGCGAGGCACGCGGCGAUCGAUACAAAUGUAACGCGCCCUCCUGUUCCGGCGCGAAUUUCGGUCGUCUUGCAGACCUCAAGCGACACCACGCCAGUCUACACGGCGGAGUAGGAAGGAAGGGACAGCGCAUUUGGUGCUCGGUCGAAGCAUCUUCGCAACCGGGUUACAGGAGAUAG